GGAAGUAGACGUGGACGUUUCGGAUUGUGCCGCGGUUCCGGCUGGAAACAUUGAUCCUUGUGUCAGGUUUCUCCGUUUCUCUGGGUUGAAAUAGUUUUAAAUGGCCACAGUUAUAAAGCAAAUGGCCAUUUAAAUAAAUAAAAGAAUGCUUGAGCUGGAAUAGCAGGGCUACAGUUGUGCUAGCUAGAUAAAUUAGCUGAAACUGUCAUUCAUUCCGCGCGCGUGUGAAUGUGGUGUGCCGGGUAUUGAGAAGUUGUGAAACAACAUGGAGAAAGAGUCCAGGGAACACAUACGAUCUAAAGUAAUAAGAUAGCGGACAGAAUGAGUAUUGUGAGUGUGGAUCUGUGCGGUGGCAGACAGAUCUAAUUAUAUAGCAGUAACAGUGGACAAGGUCCAGACGUUCCCAUCUGUCCGUCCUGUAAACAGGAGUCUCCGAAAUGUCUCCAGUCCCUACGCUUCCUCUCAUCAUCAACUGCUGCAUGUCUUUUCUGGGCUGCUUGGCAACCCUCAAGCUCAUCCCAACCUUCAAGGAGCAUUUCAUAUCUGCCAGACUGUGUGGCAAGGACCUUAACAAAACCACAAAGAAUGAAGUGCCCGAAUCUCAAGGUGUGAUCAGUGGCACGGUUUUCCUCAUCAUCCUCUUCCUCUUCAUUCCUGUGCCUUUCCUUGGCUGCUUUGUGGGAGAGCAGUGUCAGGGUUUUCCUCAUAAUGAGUUUGUCGAGCUGAUAGGUGCACUGUUAGCCAUCUGCUGCAUGAUCUUUCUGGGCUUUGCUGACGAUGUGCUCAACCUGCGAUGGAGACAUAAGCUUCUGUUGCCCACUAUGGCCUCGCUGCCUCUCCUAAUGGUUUACUUCACCAACUUUGGCAACACUGUCAUCGUGGUUCCCAAACCGUUCCGAGUCCUGCUGGGGAUGCAUCUCGACCUGGGUAUCCUGUAUUAUGUAUAUAUGGGAAUGCUGGCUGUGUUCUGCACAAAUGCCAUCAACAUCCUGGCUGGGAUCAAUGGCAUCGAGUCUGGGCAGGCCCUUUUAAUCUCUGGCUCCAUCAUCAUCUUCAAUGUAGUGGAGCUCAAUGGAGACUACAGAGAAGACCAUGUUUUCUCUCUGUACUUCAUGAUCCCAUUCUUUUUCACCACACUGGCACUUUUCUAUCACAACUGGUAUCCGUCGUCCGUGUUUGUAGGAGACACGUUCUGUUAUUUUGCCGGGAUGACAUUCGCUGUGGUUGGGAUCCUCGGUCAUUUCAGCAAAACCAUGCUGCUUUUCUUCAUCCCUCAAGUCGUAAACUUUAUAUACUCUUUGCCGCAGCUCUUCCAUGUAGUUCCGUGUCCUAGACAUCGCCUUCCCAGAUUGCAGCCAGAGAGUGGAAAACUGGGGAUGAGCUACUCAAAGUUUAAGCAGAAGGAUCUUGGCAAAUUAGGACAGCUCAUAAUGAAGGUGGCAGAAGCAUUAUGGCUCUUGGAUGUGCGCAGGGGUCAGGAGGGAGAUGAUGAGUUCAUCGAGUGUAAUAACAUGACUCUGAUAAACCUAGUGCUGAAGAUUGUUGGGCCCACACAUGAGAGAAACCUCACAGCCCUAAUGCUUUUAAUACAGGUUUUUGGGAGCGUGAUUGCUUUUGGAAUUCGGUAUCAUUUGGUUCGGCUCUUCUACGAUGUCUAGCAGCAAGUCGAGAGAAUACAUAGGAGCAUGAAGGAUUUUUUUUUAAAUGGCAAACAUGACAGUUUAAAUGUCUGCUUUUAUUUACCAUUAACAAAGGGGCUAGUUUACAAUACCAUACUAUACCAUACAACUACUGCGUUAACUGCAGGUUCACUGAUCCAUUUCAGAUUGAUGGUUUCGGACAGAUUUAUUUGGAUCCUGUAUAUUAUAUAGAGUGGAAUAAAUUAUUUCUGAAUGCUUUAGUAAACAAAAAGCCUGGUUUUCAGGUAAAGGACACUGUAAGAAUGUACUCAGUAGAAACAUUAUUAAUCAGAGUAAAGAAAAAGAGUGAUGAGUGGAAGGCACUGAAACAUAAGUACUCAAUUUUUACAUUUAUAUCUCUGCGAUUUACUUUACAACAAUAUACCAAUUCAUUCAGUUCACCUGAAAUACCAGUUACUUCCUGAGACAGAGUCAUUAUAUUAUGGUGGUGUUUUUUUUCUUUUUCUUUGUGCUCCUGUGUAGUAAAUGCAAUGCAGAGGAGCAGAAAGCUAGGUAGGGUUUGUGUGGAAUGUAGUAAAACUGAGCUAUUGUAUGCAUAAUGAUAUGCAUAUCUGUAUUUUUCUUUCUCUGAAAUAACACUGAACCUUCGAUGGACUUGCGUAGGUUUGAUACAGGGUGAUAUAUGUCAGAAAUGAUUUAUAUAAUCGCCGAACAGGGGGUUUGAUUUACAAUUAAAGAUUUUUAAAACAAAAA